AAAUGGUGGUUCUCCGUGGCAUGAUGCUGUUGGCCUUGGCCGUGACGCUCGCCCUCUGUCUGACGCCCACAAGCACAACACACGAGGUAUGUUUGUCUGUACCGCAUAGAUACGCACACGCUCGCACACGCACAGGCAGCGUAACAUCAGUCAGCUGCCUUUCCUCGAUGUCUGUCUGUCUGUCUGUCUGCGGCUGCUCUGACUUACGCGCGUACGUGUGUGUGUUUAGGUCCGUCAUCUCCAGGACACUCGGCCCGUCGGCACCAGCCUGUCCCAAGCAGAGUAUGAGGGCCUCCGUGGCCUGCUGCAGGCAACAGAUGAUACGAACUUCACGACCCUCUACAGGUCGGUAUACCGAUGUGUGUGUAAGUGCAUCCAACAGCGGCUAUCUGUCGUGCAUGUGUGUGCGCGUGUCUCGCAUGUAGGGCCUCUGUGAACGGCACAACAUAUAGCGAUCUGCUGGACAGUGUGGAGAACAAGACGGAUUUGGCGAUCGUCAUUCGUUCGCGUCAGAAUGUGUUCGGCGUUUACAUCAAGGACGGCAUCCAGACGCCCGCCAACGCGACGGAGAGCCAUUAUUACAAGAGUGAGGUUUUGUGGUUCUCACUGGCGGGGCACUUCCGACAUGCCGACCGAGGUCAAGCUAUUGCGAUCGUGGCAGAUCGUGAAGGUGGCAGGCAGGGAGGCGACAACCUGUUAUCGGUGUGAAAGGAAGCUGUAUGUAAGUGGGCUCAUGUGGUUGGGCCUGAAGACGACGAGGGAUGACUUGUUCGAUGGCUGGAUUGACCGCGGCCUGCAGUACACCCCCAGGGAGUAUGUGCCAGAGGGCUAUACGGGCGAAAGGGACGGAGAUGGCGAUG